AUGGCAAACCUCAUCUUUACGCACUCCGAUGCGCCCCUCCGAACCAUCCAGGAGGUGCAGUUCGGCCUGCUCUCUCCUGAAGAGAUCAAGAACAUGAGCGUAUGCCAUAUUCUUUACCCCGAGACGAUGGACGAGACUCGAACGAAGCCGCGCGAUCAGGGAUUGAAUGACCCGCGCCUGGGAUCCAUCGAUAGACAGUUUAAAUGCGCCACUUGUGACCAGAAUAUGUCCGAGUGUCCCGGUCAUUUUGGUCACAUCGAAUUAGCCAAGCCUGUCUACCAUCCUGGAUUUUUGAAGAAGACCAAGAAGCUGCUGGAGAUGGUCUGCCACAACUGUGGUAGAGUACUGCUAGACAGAAGUAACCCGGCCUACAAAGCUGCAGUCAAUAUUCGAGAUCCCAAGCGAAGAUUCGAUACCAUAUGGCGACUUUGUAAGCCCAAGAUGAUCUGCGACAGUGACGCUUCGCAAGAAGGCGCGGAUGGCAGCGUUGACCCGAAGGAUUUGGCCAAGCGCGCUCAUGGGGGUUGCGGAAACACACAGCCUGAAGUGCGCCAGGUGGCUCUCGAGCUGUUCGGCACUUGGAAGGUUCCUAAGGAUGAGGACAAUGAGGGUGCUCAACCAGAGAAGCGAGCCAUCACGCCAGAAAUGGCUUUGAAUGUCUUCCGAAGCAUUUCCACAUCAGAAAUCUUCGACCUCGGGUUGAGUAACGACUACGCACGUCCCGAGUGGAUGAUCAUUACCGUCCUUCCAGUUCCUCCUCCACCUGUCCGACCAAGUAUUUCCAUGGAUGGUACAAGUCAAGGAAUGCGAGGAGAAGAUGAUUUGACAUACAAGCUCGGCGAUAUCAUUCGCGCCAAUGGCAAUGUUAGGCAGGCACAGCAGGAGGGCUCCCCAGCUCAUAUCCUGUCUGAUUUCGAGAAGCUGCUGCAGUAUCACGUUGCUACAUACAUGGACAACGAUAUUGCUGGCCAGCCUCAAGCUCUACAGAAGUCUGGCAGACCUGUCAAGUCCAUCCGCGCCCGCCUAAAGGGUAAGGAAGGUCGUCUUCGUGGUAACUUGAUGGGUAAGCGUGUGGAUUUCUCGGCACGUACCGUCAUCACGGGAGAUCCGAAUUUGUCUUUGGACGAGGUCGGUGUGCCGAGAAGUAUUGCGCGGACUCUUACAUAUCCUGAAACCGUGACGCCAUACAACAUCGGAAAGCUGCAUCAACUGGUCGAGAAUGGUCCCAACGAGCACCCUGGAGCCAAGUACGUUGUCCGUUCGGAUGGUAGCCGUAUCGAUCUUCGACAUCACAAGCGUGCUGGAGCAAUCUCGUUGGAGUAUGGCUGGAAGGUCGAGAGACAUAUUGUUGAUGGAGACUUCAUCGUCUUCAAUCGCCAACCCUCUCUGCACAAGGAGUCCAUGAUGGGUCACAGAGUCCGAGUGAUGCCCUACUCAACUUUCCGUCUCAACUUGUCGGUUACUUCGCCCUACAACGCCGAUUUCGAUGGUGACGAAAUGAAUUUGCAUGUCCCGCAAACCGAGGAGACCCGAGCCGAGAUCAUGAAUCUCUGCAUGGUUCCCCUGAACAUUGUCUCGCCCCAGCGGAACGGCCCUCUUAUGGGUAUUGUACAGGAUACUCUCGCUGGUGUUUAUAAGAUGUGCAGAAGAGAUUGCUUUGUCACCAAGGAGCACUUGAUGAACAUCCUCCUUUGGGUUCCGGAAUGGGACGGAGUCAUUCCACAACCUGCCAUCCUGAAGCCAAGACCACGAUGGACCGGAAAGCAGGUUGUCAGCAUGAUCAUCCCUAAGAUUGUCAAUCUCAAUAUGCCUAACGACGGUCGCGAAGAUGCUCCCCUCAAGGAUGACGGGCUUUUGGUUCACGAAGGAGAGCUGAUGUACGGCUUGAUGGCCAAGAAGAACAUUGGUGCAACCAGUGGUGGUAUCAUCCACAUCAUUUUCAACGAGAUGGGUUCUGAUGCCGCAAUGGCCUUUUUCAACGGUUGUCAGCGAGUCGUCAAUUACUGGCUUCUUCACAAUGGUUUCAGUAUCGGUAUCGGUGACACAGUCCCUGACAAGUCCACGAUUGCCAAGAUUGAAGGCGCCAUUGGGGCACAGAAAGAAGAGGUUGCCAAGUUGACUGCAAUGGCUACUGCAAAUCAGCUCGAAUCUCUCCCAGGAAUGAAUGUUCGUGAGACUUUUGAGUCCCAGGUCUCCAAGGCCUUGAACACCGCUCGUGAUCAAGCUGGUACCAAGACUGAGGGUAGUCUGAAAGAUAAUAACAACGCUGUCACCAUGGCUAGAUCCGGUUCCAAGGGAUCCACCAUCAACAUUUCUCAGAUGACUGCAUUGGUCGGACAGCAAUCCGUUGAAGGAAAGCGGAUUCCCUUCGGCUUCAAGUAUCGAACCUUGCCUCAUUUUACCAAGGACGACUACUCUCCAGAGUCUCGCGGCUUCGUCGAGAACUCGUACCUCCGAGGCUUGACACCCACCGAGUUCUUCUUCCACGCAAUGGCUGGUCGUGAAGGUUUGAUCGACACUGCCGUGAAGACUGCUGAGACGGGAUACAUCCAACGUCGUCUCGUCAAGGCUUUGGAAGAUGUGAUGGCCAAGUAUGAUGGAACCGUGCGAAACUCCCUCGGAGAUAUCGUGCAGUUUGUCUACGGAGAGGAUGGUCUUGAUGGUGUGCACAUCGAGAAGCAGAAGGUUGACCAUAUCAAUUUGGACGACAAGAAGUUCGCCGCUCGUUAUCGUCUCGACGUUAUGGAUGACCGCAACCCAAUUUCCCCAGAUCUCCUCGAACGCGCAAACGAUCUCGCAGGCGAUCUCGAAAUGCAGCAACUCCUCGACGAGGAGUACGAACAGCUCUUGGAGGAUCGCAAGAUGCUCCGUUACGUCAACUGGAAGAAAAAGGAUGACGAAUCGAUGCAGUUGCCGCUGAACAUUGUCCGAAUCAUCGACAGCGCCAAGAGACUGUUCAAGGUUGACGAUUCUCACCGAAGUGACCUGCAUCCAGCAGAUGUCAUCCCAGCGGUCAGGCAGUUGCUGGACCGCAUGAUCAUCGUUCGAGGAGAGGACGAGCUGUCAGUGGAGGCUCAGACUAACGCUACGUUGUUGAUCAAGGCACAAGUGCGGUCCCGUCUUGCAUACAAGCGUGUCGCCCUGCAAAUGCGCCUCAACAAGCUCGCCUUCGCCCAUGUUCUGGGAGAAAUCGAGAACCGAUUCAUGAGAGCUUUAGUUAACCCCGGAGAGAUGGUUGGUGUUCUUGCAGCCCAGUCCAUUGGAGAGCCCGCUACUCAGAUGACACUCAACACUUUCCAUUUCGCUGGUGUGUCUUCCAAGAACGUCACACUUGGUGUACCUCGUCUAAAGGAGAUUCUCAACGUUGCCACUAACAUUAAGACUCCUUCCAUGGUUGUCUACCUGGAAGGCAAUGGUAACCAAGAGUCUGCCAAGCUCCUGCGAAGCGCUGUUGAGCACACAAACCUGCGCUCUGUCACCGCUGCUACUGAGAUCUACCACGAUCCUGAUAUUCAGUCUACGACAAUAGAGGAUGAUUUGGACAUGGUAGAGUCCUACUUCAUCAUCCCCGAUGACAGUCAUGAUGCUCCCGAUAAUCAAUCCAGAUGGCUUCUCCGUCUGGUCCUUGACCGUCAGAAGAUGCUGGAUAAGGGCCUGCGGGUUGAAGAUGUCGCGACAAAGAUCAAGGAGGCUUAUCAAAAAGACUUGGCCGUCAUCUUCAGUGACAACAAUGCCGAGGAACAGGUUAUCCGUAUUCGAAUGAUCAACCAGAGCGACUCCAAAUUUGAGGAUGACGACAUUGAGCAGGACAUCAUGCUCAAGCGUCUCGAAGCCCAUAUACUUGACACGCUUACCCUCCGUGGUGUCAAAGGUGUUGACAGAGCCUUCUUGAACAAGGAAACUAAGCUCAUCGAGACCCCUGCCGGUGGCCUGUUAGCGUCUAAGGAUGAUCCACGCUGCGAAGAAUGGUACCUCGAUACAUCUGGAACAGAACUUGGUGAUGUUCUCACUAUUCCUGGAGUUGACACCACUCGCACGUACUCGAAUCACUUCAUUCAGGUGUUCCAGGUCUUCGGUAUUGAGGCGACCCGCUCUGCGCUGAUGCGUGAAUUGACACAGGUGCUUGCUUUCGAUGGUUCUUAUGUCAACCAUCGCCAUUUGGCGCUUUUGGUAGAUGUCAUGACAUCCCGUGGUCAUCUCAUGGCUAUCACUCGUCAUGGUAUCAACCGUGCUGACACCGGUGCGUUGAUGAGAUGUUCCUUCGAGGAGACUGUAGAAAUUCUCCUCGAGGCGGCUGCUGUUGGGGAGCUUGAUGACUGCCGUGGUAUCUCCGAGAACGUCAUGCUGGGCCAACUUGCGCCGAUGGGUACCGGAGAGCUCGAUGUGCUUCUCGAUCCCAAGAUGCUCGAGACGGUCAUCUCCGAUAACGGCAGAAUGGGCCUCAUGCCUGGUCUGGCAGUCAAGGGCGCUGAUGGUGGUGCUGCUACGCCAUAUGACUCUUCGUCUCCUCUUAGCGAUGGUGGCUACCUCGGCAUUGGCACUCCGGAUUACGAUUCGAAUUUCUCUCCCAUUCAGUCAGGCGGCUCAGCUACCCCCGGAGGUUUCGCGACUGCCUACUCGGAUGCCAAUGGCUUUAGCAACCAGAGCCCGUACACCGCGCGAAGCCCUGGUGGAGGUUACUCGCCUACAAGUCCGUUCAGCACAAGCCCAGUGUCGCCAGGAUUUUCUCCAACAUCUCCGGGUUACUCUCCAACCUCUCCAAUGAUGAAUGUCUCCAGCCCCGGAUAUAAUGUUGCGUCGCCCCGGUUCAGCCCUGUCAGCCCUGCGUUCACCCCAACCAGUCCCGCAUACAGCCCUACGAGUCCGUCGUUCGUAUCCCCGACCUCGCCGUCGUACAGUCCCACAUCGCCAAACUACUCUCCGACAUCUCCAAACCUUCAUGUGUCGCCCAGCUCGCCGUCGUACAGCCCCACGUCACCCAGCUAUUCGCCCACGUCCCCAAAUUACAGCCCUACGUCUCCAAACUUCUCGGGUACCAAGACGUCGCCUGGCUCUGGGCUUUCUCCGACCAGCCCUGUCUAUAGCCCGUCAAGUCCCAACUGGAGUCCGACUUCGCCGGCACAAGGAGGAGUUGCCACUUCGCCGAAGUACUCUCCCACCAGUCCCUCCUACUCGCCGACUAGUCCUCAGUUCUCCCCAACAUCUCCUCGCAACUGA